CUUUGCAUAGUGGGAAUAUUUCCUGUUUGCUUCAGAACAGGUUUGUGCCGUGGCUGAGGGAUAGGCAGAUCUAAGCAAAGAGGCAAAAGACACCUUUUGUGAGGGACAAAAUGGACUCUUUUCAAGGGCCUUGCCCUCAUCAGAGCGUUCCUGUUGAGACAGACGAGAGAAUGACAUCCUCCAGUCUGGACUUAGCCUGGCCUCCCCCUUGCAAUCAGUGCAGUGGACAUACAGAGACCAGCAAAAGGCCGCAGGAAUAUGGCUAUGAGCAAGUUAGGGGUGCAGCACACAGUGCCGGCCAGUGGAGACUCCCUCAGAGCCAGCGCCAACACCAGCUCGAACCUAGAACAGCCCAUCAUGCUGUCCCCCAACCUCAUUUCCUCCUCCCUUCACACUUAGGACAGAUGGACCCCCUGGACCCUGCAGGUGUUUGGCUUCGUGGUCUCAGACAGCAGCAGAUGUCGUUAUAUGAACAGGACCACAUGGUUAACCACAGUAGAGACUUUGCAGGACCUUCAAACUGGCCUCAGGAUCACUCUGUGGAGGAAGAAGAAUUCUUGGAACCUCCUCAGUCACUGAAGUCUAACGAUAACUGCACCCACUAUGUCCCAUCACGAUACCCUGCAGCACGUGUGCACGGCCCCAAUCCAGUGCAGGACAGUCGUCUCAGGCAGUGUGCUUGCUGUCCUCCGGCAAAUCUGCCCCGUCACAAAAAUAAUAAUUAUCAUCACAAGCAUGAGUACCCAGCGGAUCCAUGCGAGGAGCCUCAACACCACCAACAGUCAUGGAAUCCCCCCAAUAAUAGGCUGCAACUUAAUAAAGAUGCUCCAAAUCCCCCUCGUGGAUCUGUGCCCCUUUGUGUGGCCCCUCCUAGAGAUGUGAUGCACGAGGUCAGUGUGGGUCUCUCCCUCCAGGCUGGUCCAGGGCCAGCCACAAGGGAGAUCAGGAGGACCAUCAGCCUACCUGAAGAGUGUAGGAACGUUUUCAUCACAUAUUCAGUGGACACGGCCGAACAAAUCAUUCCUUUCGUCAAAUUUCUGACUAAUCAAGGGUUCGACCCAGCAAUUGACAUCUUUGAUAAUCCAGUCCGCAGAAUGGGCAUCACCAAAUGGAUGGACAGAUUUUUGAAUGACAAAUCAGUGCUCAUCAUCGUGGUCAUCAGCCCCAAGUACAAGGAGGACGUGGAGGGAGAUGGAGACGACGAGCACGGCCUGCACACCAAGUACAUUCACAACCAGAUCCAAAAUGAGUUCAUCCAACAAGGCUGCCUGAACUUCAGACUGGUCCCUGUGUUGUUUCCUAAUGCAACCAAGAGACAUGUCCCCAGCUGGCUCCAGAACACCAGGAUCUACCAGUGGCCCCAGCACACCCAGGACCUGCUGCUGCGCCUGCUCAGGGAGGAGCGCUACAUCAUCCCACAGCGAGGGACUGACCUCACCCUCACUGUUCGUCCCCUCUGAGAAACACUGAAAAGGACAGACACAUGUGGAAAUUGGCCAGAAUAAAAGAGAUGGUUCAUUCUGUCAAAACCUCAACAUGCUGUGGGUAGGACUCUGUUUCAUAUGUUUUGAGGAGGACUGUUAAUACUGCAGCAAGUGUUUUCCUUUCAUCACUUGUUUUCAGAUACAGCUCUGGUUUAUAAUUCAUUUUAACAGUAUUUCUAAUUUCAUUACAUACUCCAUACCAUUCAGUCUUCUUUCUCAAUGAUUGCAUUUUAAAUGAGAAAGAAAAAUUUGUUGCGUUAUUUGAUUGAGGUAGUGGGACCAAGGGUAAGUACGGUGUUUUUCAACCGGACCCUUUUUCCUAUGUUUUGUGUGUGUACCUGACAAAUAAGAACAACACUUUUUUACAUUGGUCCAGUAUUGAGCGAGAGGGCUACAGCUGGCAGGGGCGAAACAGGCUGCCGUGUAACUAUUAGGGGCCUGUUUGCACUGUCAGUGUACGUCCACUUAAAGUGCUUGUUUUUACUACUGACAGGAUCUGAUUAUUAUUACAAGUGUCUGACAACCCAUGGAAAAGAUCCCUACAGAGAUAAACCUUUUAGAUGAAGAGUAAGAUCAUUUUUGUUUAACCAGAAACAGCCCUGAAAUCAACAUCACCAAACCCACCAGACUCCAUUAGAAUAAACAAUAAUUUUAGCAUGUAUAGAGCGAGCAUAUUGCCACAUCUAACUGGGUGAAUUAAGGGUUAAUUUUACCCAAAACAGUUGGUGAAUGUUUGAGCAGUGGAAGAACAUACCAAGAUGGUUUUUGUGUGUUCUAUUUUGUUUCUGUCAACUUUGAAUGAAGUGUGUUUAACAAGGAAAAAAUGACUGUUUAUUCAAAUGGAGUCUGGUGGAAGUGGCUUUAAUGAUUUCAGUGCUGUUUCUGGUUAAACAAAAAUGAUCUUAAUCUUUAACAAAAAGGUCUAUCUCUGUAGGGAUCCUUCCAUAAUGUUGUCAGACACUUAAAAUAAUAAUCUGAGUCCGUUAGUGGCAAAAACAAGCACUUUCAGUGGACCUAAAUUGACAGUGCGAACAUGCUUUGAGUGAUCACAUUACAGCCUGUUCCACUGCAGCCAUCUGCAGCACUAUCGCUCACUAACUUUGUCUAUCUGCUGUACGGUGCUGAGCAGGUAGCGACUGACAGUUUAUCAGUGCUUUAUCGUGAAAACAGCUGCUAGCAUUCAUAAGAAUGCUGAGGGUGAACCAAAGCAGUGAUUGUGGGCUGAUAAACCAAAACGUGGGGCUACAUGGGGCUGAUGGUGUGAAAACACUGAAACUGUUGUAAAGAGAGACAUCUUUAAUUGCAGCAAUCAUGAAUUAAAACCAAAAUGUUAAAGCGGAACAUAAAUGUGUUGUGAAAUGGAAUAUGAUAGGCGGACACAUUAGUCAAUGGGAUUUUAAAAAAUAAACCUUUUGUAAUCUAUUCCACUUUAAAAUGUCAUUUUUAAUCAUGUUUACAGAAAGAUUUAAUUAUCUUAAUGUUUUAUCACUUAAUUUGAGCUUAUUAAUGUAUAAUGUGAAUGUAUAUUAAUCACUUUGUCAUAGAUUUUUUUAAUUGAGCAAUGUAUUAAUAGAUCAUAAUAAACACUGUAAAACCCUAUAA